AUGCUAGCCUACCUCCCACUACCGCACGAUGUCAUCUUAGCUCGAGAGUACCAAAGUAUAUUGUUCAUCUCUGACUCUCCCUAUACUCGUCGCUUCCUCAAAUGGUUCUCUUUGUGUGCACUAACCAAAGACUGUAUAGCACCACGUGGAGCAACAGUAUCCUGCGAUCUGUCAGUAAAAGAUCGUAUCUACAACAAGAUGGGUCGGAAUUGUCAUCGUUUCGACCAAAAUCUAUGGAAUUUGAUUAGCCUACAGUAUCUUUUUGAUCCAAUAGACAAAGGUGCUUUAAGGUUAGGACUAGUAAACGAGUGGGUGGAUGGUACUGUUGGUGCUAAUGGUAUGACGGCUUUUAUUAAUGGUACAAUUAAUAAAAGAGAUGAGAGGUUUGUACCGUUAGGGAAGAUGUUCAACGUUACCAGGGGUAAUGUCAUCAAGCAGAGGAUAACAUUAGAUUGUUAA